CAUGGCUGCAGCUUCCAAGGUCUUCCUCUCAUUCCUCCUCAUAAAUUUAUCUUCAUUUUUUAACCCUUGUUUAUGCGACGGCGGUGGCGGCAGCGGCAGCGUCGAUCUUGACCAAAUUCUUCCUGGCCUUGGACAAAAUGCAAUUGCAAAUGCACAAUGCAUGCACCAAUUGCUUCCUUGUCAACCAUUUUUGAAGGCUCCAAAUGAUCCUCCUCCAACAUGUUGUGACCCUUUAAAGGAGAUGGUAACCAAUUCAUCCGAUUGCCUUUGCCAAUUUAUUAACAAUCCUACAAUGAUUCUUUCCUUAGAAGUUUCUAAGGAUGAUAUCAUGAAGCUUCCAAAAGCUUGUGGUAUAAAGGUUGAUAUCUCCAAGUGCAAUGCCAAUGCAGAUUUAUUGCUUUCAGUUGAUGGAGAAACAUCGUCUAAAGGCGCUUCUAAAGAAGGUUCUGCAGAAUCAACCAGCUCAGCAUCUAAAGAAUCUAACGACGCUUCUGUAGAUUCAACUAGCUCAACAUCUACAGAAGCUUCUGCAGAAUCAACUAGCUCAGCAAAACUGAUUACUCCAUAUGGAAUCACUUAUUUUGGUGUACCUGCAUUUGUUGCAUUUUUUACUACUCUACUAUUUUCUGCAUAGUAGGCUUACUUGGGAUACUGGUCAAAAACAUUCCUUAUGUAUGAACUUGUUCUCUGCUGAAAUUUCUCUCUUGAAGCUUGGUUAUGUAAAUUUUGAUGUCAUAUUUAAAAAGGAGUUAAGAAUAUGAAUUCAGAACUAUCAACAAUACUAUGCAUUUUUUAUUUUUAAUGUUGCAGUAGUAGAGAUCCACUGCCAUUAACUAGUGGAUUAUAUCCAGUUUCUAUUAAUUCUUUUUUGAAGAUGGUUUUUCAAUUUUAAGAUUGUACAGUCUUUUUCAAAGCACCUCUUAUGAAAUAUACAACACAUUAUUAUUAGAGGUGUGUUAUUUUGACACAGAUUUUCCAACAAAUUUCAACAACAAUUUAGAUGGUUAAUACAAUUAAUUACGUUCAAUAGAUAGUUGAUGGAUAAAACAAUGCGUCAAUUCAUUAAUCAUCGGCUAAAUACAGUUAAAAACGAUUUUAAAUGUCACUAACCACAAUUUUCGUGUGUAAAUUUGAACAUAAAUCAUGGUUCAUGAAUAUGAAUAUAAUGUAUGGUUGAACAUCUAAAAAUCACAUGCAAAAACAACUUGGAUUCCUAAUAGAUAUAAUUUUUAUCUUGAAAAUUGUUGUUAAAGACGUUCAAAAACGUGGUUAAUUACGUUUGGUUGAUGAUUAAUUACUUACAACAACUGAUUAUAUUCAUUAACCAUACACAGAACAUAAUUAACUACAUAUUUCAAAUGCAUUAAUCAUCUAAAUUGUUGUCAAAUUCGUGUGGCAUGACAUCAUA